UUGAUUGGAUUUACUGUUUUAACAUCUUCACAAAGACUGCUCUUAAAGACAGUCAGUGAUCAAUCUAGACCUUAAUCUAGCACAACCGAAAGACGAUACUGUACAUCUCCCUUGUGCAAAUGAUACUAUUAUGGAGGCUCGACUCCAGGAAAACAAAGUGGAUAACAAACUGGUAAACCUACUGCAUCCUGCCAGGUUGGCAGUCCUGAUGAAGUGUGGGAACCAUGUGGUCCACUGAGAGCAUGGACCCGGGGAAAGCACACAACCAGAGUAGCUUCUUUCACAAGGUAGAUGUGCCUGACCAUGCUCACUAUAUUGUCGCCCUGUUCGUCUUUGUCAUCGGGGCACUGGGCAUCACUGGCAAUGCUCUGGUUAUGUUUGCCUUCUACAGUAACAAGAAGCUUCGUAACCUGCCGAACUUCUUCAUCAUGAACCUGGCGGUCAGUGACUUCCUCAUGGCUUUCACACAGUCCCCCAUCUUCUUCAUCAACUGUCUGUACAAGGAGUGGGUGUUUGGAGAGAUGGGUUGUAAGAUGUAUGCGUUCUGCGGUGCCUUGUUUGGCAUCACCUCCAUGAUAAACCUUCUGGCCAUCUCUGUCGACCGCUACCUGGUUAUCACCAAGCCCCUGCAGUCUGUGAAGAGGAGCUCCAAACGUAGGACUGCUCUCGCCAUCCUCAUGGUCUGGCUUUACUCUCUGGCUUGGAGUCUGGCUCCUUUAGUUGGCUGGAGCUCAUAUAUCCCGGAGGGCCUGAUGACAUCUUGUACAUGGGACUAUGUGACAUACUCACUGUCCAACAGGAGCUACACGAUGAUGCUGUGCUGUUUUGUUUUCUUCAUUCCACUUGGCAUAAUCUUUUAUUGCUAUCUCUUCAUGUUUCUGGCUAUACGAAAGACGAGCAGGGAAGUAGAACGUCUGGGGACUCAGGUGAGGAAAUCCACCUUGAUCAAACAGAAGUCCAUCAAGAGCGAGUGGAAGUUAGCAAAGAUUGCCUUUGUUGUCAUUGUGGUUUAUGUCCUCUCCUGGUCACCAUACGCCUCUGUCACCCUGAUUUCCUGGGCCGGGCAUGCCGACAUCCUGUCCCCAUACUCCAAGUGUGUCCCUGCAAUCAUAGCAAAAGCCUCGGCCAUCUACAAUCCCAUCAUCUAUGCUAUCAUACACAACAAAUACAGGAUGACUCUGGCAGAAAAGUUUCCCUGCCUGAGGUUUCUGUCUCCCACCACUCGAAAGGAUUGCACCAGCUCCAUCACUGACUCCUCUUAUAGGGACUCCAUCAUUAGCAGACAGUCCAUAGCAUCGAGGACUCACUUUAUUUCAGCUUCCUCUGAUAUGGUAUUAAGAGAUGUACAGAUGGAGCCUCAGGGCAGGAAGUCUGGCGAAUCCUUCAGAAGCAUGUCGUCAUAUAAACAGUCUCGCAGAGGCAAGUCCUAUAGGAAACAAUUAGAGCGGAAGAGCACCAAGAGCCGCACAGCCUACACAGCAGAGAAGCAUCCAUCUACCAUGAAUGAAUCAUCAAGCACCUGUGACCAUGAACUGGUUUCCAGCUCUCUCACCAUCGCCACUCUCCCCCUGCUAGUUCUUACCAGGAAGCGCAGCCAGAGUCUGACCAAUGAGAUUUCAGAUGCAGGAGUGAAGAAAGGCAGCAUCAGUGAUAGGCUGAGCAGCCACUCUUUUGAUUGCCUGAAUUUUGGAAAAACCCCACCCACAGAUCCCAGGUCACUUCAGGAUGUUCCACGCAUAAUUGUGAUCAGUCCGACAUCUGAAAGCAGCCUCAUCAACCAUGACAGCUGCUUAGAGGAGAGUGUUGAGGCGAUGGAGAACAAUGUUUUUGUUAGUCUAAACUUCUCAUCAGAAGUUUUUGAGGCAGUGAAGCUUCUCUCUUGACCAGCUGGACUUUGCUGCACUUUAAUUAUCUCCUUUUCCACUGAAGCUACAUUAUUUAAUAUAGAUUUCUCUUCUGUAAGAGCUUAGACUUGUUUUGUAUUCAUUUACUGAAAUGUAUUUCAUUUACUAUAUGUAACUGAGCUUGAGCUUUGAUCCUGUGAAUCAAAAUUCGGACACACUGUUAUUCAGACAACUGGAGUGCAGAAGAAAAUUGGCUUUGCAAAUGAAUCAAUAUGACACAGUUCUGGUAUGCAGUGUGCAGUGUGUUUGUCAGGGACAAGGACACCCUGAGGGGCAGGAUGGAUUCCAACAUAUUUUUGUUAGAUCCUUUAAAUAUGACAAAUGUAACAACAUAUUUUCAUGAGCUUUGGGCCCAGACUUAACAGACUGGAUUCUUGAGUCUUAAGUUAAAAGUUCAAGUUAAAACUCUUUUUCUUUUAGUUCAUGGAUUUUCUACUGUGGAAUGGAGAGAACAUCUGAAAUGAAAUAAAUUCAGUAUUGCUCCUCUGGGUCAAAAUGUUAUUUUAUCCAUCAUAUUAAAAAAAAAAAUGAAAAAUGACCAAAAAUAACAAAUAAAAUCAGCUGGAGUCCUAAUAUCACAAAGAAUUAAGAAAUAAAUUGCUAUAACAACUCUAAGGAAAGAAGGAAAAGCAAUAACUUUAACUUUAGUUUUUGAGGGUGUAUUUGAGAGUGUGUAUAAAGUACAUAUAUUACAUUUUUGUGUUACAUGUGGUAGCAGUUCCUUUAGGCAGUGUGGACCUCUCCAGCUUUUCUUUGGCAGGGAGACAGUGGUAUAAUGAAAAAGAGUGGCACGGUCAGAUGUGACUCAUAAAACAGUAAACCUUUUUACAUUUUCUUUGUGGUGACUUCUAAAAUGUCUUGCUCAUUAUUUUGACACUGUGCUUUGUGACAAAUGCUGUUCCCUUAAACUUUUCCUUUCCAUAUAGAAAUCCAUAAAGAAAUGUACUGCUUUUGUUGCUUGUGAAUGCUACAGUGUUGUUGUCAUCUGAGUGAGUGUGUGCCUCACUAUUCCAGUGGGAAGCACCAGUAAAGUAGAUUUAUUUUCACAUAUUACCAAAGACGUUUACUGAAAACCUUGUUUUCGAAAUGUCAAUUUAUUGCACAAAAAAUAAAAAAAUCUAUCUUUUGUGAACUCCUAUUCCCAACAGAACAAAUUAUUCCUAUUUCUAAUUAUGGCAACCUUUCUAGUAUGACCAAUUUGAAACACACAGUAGCAAUUACUGCAAACAGAAGGAGCUCUAAAGGGCCAAUGUGACAUCUUGGCUUAAAUCAAAUUUCUCUGUAUCAUCUGUGUUUUAACAUUUGAUACUUGUGCUUCUUGGUCCUAGUUAGAAACAAUAUGUGGCAACA